AAGGUCUUUAUUGUCAUUUUAUUUAACCAAAAAUUGAAAAGAAAAAAAAAGUCACCCGUCUCUUCCACUCUCCGGUAGAUCUCUCUCUCCCUCUCUAUCGAUCGAGUCGUCUUCGUGAGUGACUUGGAAGACGAAUCACACUUCUCAUCCUUACUCUCUCUUAGAGGUUGAAUAAUAGAUUGGAAACAAUGGAUGAAUCUCCUCUGGAGCAGCAAAGUCAAUCUCAUGACCAAGAGAACGAAAUAGUUACAGAAGGUAGUGCCUUUGUGGAUGGUGAGCCUCCUUCUCAAGACGGCAGUGUUCCCCCUAAAGUUGAUAGCCAAGUGGAAGUCCUGGAUGAGAAAGUCAGUAAGCAGAUCAUUAAGGAAGGUCAUGGCUCCAAACCUUCCAAGUACUCCACAUGCUUCUUGCAUUAUAGGGCAUGGACCAAACACACCCAGCAUAAAUUUGAGGAUACAUGGCAAGAGCAGCAACCUAUUGAACUGGUUCUAGGAAAAGAGAAAAAAGAAAUGACCGGUUUGGCCAUGGGUGUUGCUAGCAUGAAGUCUGGUGAACGUGCGCUCUUGCAUAUUGGCUGGGAACUUGGUUAUGGGAAAGAUGGAAACUUUUCUUUUCCCAAUGUUCCUCCUAUGGCUGACUUGUUGUAUGAGGUUGAAGUUAUUGGCUUUGAUGAAACUAAAGAGGGAAAGGCUCGCAGUGAUAUGACUGUGGAGGAAAGGAUUGGUGCAGCAGACAGAAGGAAAAUGGAUGGUAAUAAUCUGUUUAAGGAGGAUAAACUUGAGGAGGCCAUGCAACAAUACGAAAUGGCCAUUGCAUACAUGGGGGACGACUUCAUGUUUCAGCUGUAUGGGAAGUACCAGGAUAUGGCUUUGGCAGUUAAGAACCCAUGCCACUUAAACAUGGCAGCUUGCUUGAUCAAACUUAAACGUUACGAUGAAGCAAUUGGUCACUGCAACAUUGUGUUGACAGAAGAAGAGAAAAACCCAAAGGCCUUGUUCAGAAGAGGGAAGGCCAAGGCAGAGCUAGGACAGAUGGAUUCAGCUCGUGAAGAUUUUCGAAAAGCUCAAAAGUAUGCUCCUGACGACAACGCUAUUAGAAGAGAGCUGCGAGCCAUUGCGGAGCAAGAGAAAGCUGUGUACCAAAAGCAAAAAGAGAUGUACAAAGGAAUAUUUGGAGGAGGGAGAGAUGAAAGUGGUGUCAAGGCAAAGAGCCGUAACGGGUUGAUAAUGCUAUGGCAGUGGUUGGUGUCCCUCUUCAGCAGAAUCUUGGGACGUAAGAGGGUUAAAGCAGAUUAAUGUAAUGUAAGGCAAAGAAGAUCAACUCUUUUUGUUCUUUUAUGUUGGAAUGACUUUGAGAGACAUGGAACUUGUUAAUCAUAUUAAUGGUGUGGAGAAUUUACAAACA